CCGCCUUCAGCCCUCACCCUCCAAUCACACUCAGCACAAGCGCUGCGCGCACUUUCAUGAAUGAAUGAGAGCGGCUUCAGGACAGCAAUCCUCCAGAGACAGUCACAUCCUCGCUCUCCUGCACGGAUAUUACAACCUCUGUUUCUGCAGUCCGCGCAAAGCAUGGAAGUACGAGUCCCCUCGAUCUCCCUCUGACAUGAUGACGCUCCACAAAGAGGAUUUUGUUGAGGAAUGCCGCUCCGCGAAGCGCUCGGAAUGGGACGCGCUCGCUGUCAUUCGCGCGUCUGGCUUCCAGCUGGUCAAAGUGAAGCGAAUAAAGUCCUGAAGAGAAUGGCCGUCUACAGAGCGUCCUCAAAGGGAUGGCAACUUUUAGCAACUCGCCCCUGGAUCUCCGGAGACUCUUGCAAAAACUAGUCAUCAUGUUUUCCUUCAGCAUCAUCUGCGUCUCGAUCCUCUACGUUCUGCUGGGAUGCUGCGAGCCGGACUUAGUGGACAGUUCGCAGAACUCACCUCUGGGAUGGUACAAUAAGACCGUGCUGAGAGAGACAUUGACGGCUCCUCGCUAUGUAGCUGAUGAUAUCGUGGAUGGAAACAGCUCAGGGAAGGACUGGACCGCGAGCCGACGCCUCCCAGACGCGCUCAUCAUCGGAGUAAAGAAGGGAGGCACGCGCGCGCUCCUGGAGUUCCUGAGGCUUCAUCCGGACGUCCGCGCGCUCGGCUCCGAGCCACACUUCUUUGACAGGCACUACAUGCGCGGACUCGGCUGGUACAGGAGCAUGAUGCCUAAAGCCCUGAACGGGCAAAUUGUAAUGGAGAAAACGCCCAGAUACUUCAUCUCCCCAGAGACGCCGGGCCGCAUCCACGCCAUGUCACGCCACAUCAAGCUGAUCGUGGUGGUGCGAGACCCCAUCACCCGCGCCAUUUCAGACUACACCCAGAUCAUCUCCAAGACGCCCCACAUCCCCAGCUUCGAGAGCCUGACGUUCAAGAACCGGUCCACGGGACAGAUCGACUCUCUCUGGAGCCCGCUGUACAUCGGCCUGUACGCCAGACACCUGGAGCGAUGGCUGGCCUACUUUCCGCUCUCGCAGAUCCAUUUUGUCCACGGUGAGAGGCUGAUAAGCGACCCGGCGGGCGAGUUGGGUCGCGUACAGGACUUCCUCGGCCUGCAGAGGAUCAUCACAGAUAAACACUUCUACUUCAACAAGACCAAGGGCUUCCCUUGCCUCAAAAAGCCAGAAGGCAGUAGCAAACCCCACUGUCUGGGCAAAACCAAAGGCAGAACGCAUCCUAAAAUCGACCCGGAGGUCAUUCAGAAACUGAGGGAAUUCUACCAGCCUCACAACCUCAAGUUCUACCAGAUGGCAGGCAUGGACUUCGGAUGGCAAUGACCUUUUCUGACCAUUAACACUCAACGGCUCCAUACCGAGGCUGAAGAUUGAACAGAGUUGGUCUAACAAGUGUUCGAAGUGAAAAACGGUAUAUUAGGAUGGUCGAUGUCUCCGUAGCUGUUCCAAUCAAUGCAUCUGCCAGAUGAACAGAGGUCUGCGCACUUCAGGUUACAAUAGUCUUUUCAUACCGUCGCUGGAACUGAUAGAACGACCUUAAAUCAUGGGUUUAAGUAGCACUUUUCUGCUCUUGCCAUUUUGAUGUCUUUUUUAAUGUUGCUUAGUCAAGCUUCAAUCCUGUUUGUGCGAUCCUUCAUGUCAGAAAGAGUCUGGAUUUGAAAUAAACUGUGUAGCGUAGACGUAUUUGUCAUCGUUGCAGUAUUUACGCAGAACAGAACGAGACAUUGUAGCGCAUCAGUGUGGGCUGGUCUACAAACUCAAACUGGUUUUGAUUGUCUGCUGUAAUUGGUUCAAAUGUAGACGAUAUGCAGAUGAGGCCGGUCCUUUUGAAUGAUCUCUGUGCAUGCAUGGAUUUGAACUAGUCUGAAAUGCAGCCCACUAGAAAGCCAAUCAGUUAUUUUAAGUUGCUGUGUAGUUGUUUUUGCUCCGUUUAAAUCCUCAAAAUUGGUAAAAUGUAAUAUGUUACUGCAAAACAAUAUAUUUCUCUAAUGUAUCACAUAAUUCGGAAAUAAAAUGAUUAAUUGCAUCACAUCAACACAUUCCCUCAUGGUGCUAACGGCUAAUAAAAGUGCAAAAGAUUAACUACCAUUCAAUAUUUUGGAGAGAGUUUUCAAAAGGCGGGUCUUCUGCUCACCAAGAGAGAAUUCAUUUGAUCACAACUACACUAAAACAAUAAUAAUGUUAAAUAUUUAAAACAGCUUUUCUAUGUCCCAACUUAUAACUGUGAUACACAGCUAGCUGUAUUUUCAGCAUCAUUCCUCCAGUCUUCAGUGUCACAUGAUCUUCAGAAAUCAGAAUAAUAUGAUGAAUUUGAUGCUCAAGAAACAUUUCUGAUUAUUAUCAAUGUUGAAAACAGUCGUGCUGCUUCAUAUCUUUGUGGAAACCAUGAUACGUUUUAUUUUUCAGGAUGCUUUGAUGAAUAGAAAGUUCAAAAGAACAACAUUUUUUUCUCUGUACUGUUUAACAGCCUGUAGGUAAAUUCUUUUACAUAACUAUGAUAGUUUCAUCCAAUGGUGAAUCAAUAUGCACUAUGUUAUUACCAGUAAAUUAAACACUACUCACCUUCAGUGCAGAGUUAUGGUGCAGAAUGGCUUUGUACACCCAGUUUUUAAGCAACCCUUAGCAAAGACCUGUCUAGUUCAUCUCUUCCUCUUUACUUGUUAUAGAAUGAACAUCAGAAGACGUCAAUACACACCAUUUUUCAACUUCGAGUCCAGCGACGUUAAUCUACUAUCGUCCUGUUUGUUUGUCUGCGCUAUGAUUGGUCAGAUCAGCUGUCAAUCAAACUCCUAGUGACCUCACUGUGUCACAUGACCAUAGGUAGUACAUGAAAAAUGGACAUUAUUGCAUAUAAAAUAUAGGUCUUUGAUAUUUGGGCUUUAAUUGACACAACUUUUGUUAUAUCUGAAAAAAAAAGAUAAAAAUAAAUUAAUAUUGUUUUCGCCUAUCCAUAGCCAAUGAAUGUAAUGUGAACAGACAGUGUGGUCACAGUUAUUAGACACUGAAAAACAUCUCGCAAGUUAUUUUAAAAUAAUCUAGAUAAAAAUAAUUUUUUUAAAGUGACUAGGUUAACAAGUAAACUGGUCAGAUUAUGUACCUAAAAAUAAACUGGGAUUUUCCGUCAUUCGAGUGAUUUGUUUUUUACACGUUGCCAUAUUUAAUUAUAAUGCAAAUGCAUUUUGUUUUAUUGACCACAAUAUUAUGGUUUAAGAUUGUUAAGAGUGGCACUAAGCACUAAUUUUUCUUGAGAAAAAAUAAAAAUAAAUCCAAAAAAUGAGCCUCUCGUUCCCCCUCUAGCAGUCAGUCGCUUCAGUAAAUAUUGUCUACAGCGACACCCUCUGGACAAAACAAUCAAGUGUUUCUAAGCAAAAAAAAUAAAAGCAUGAUUCAGGUUAUAAAGGUUCUCUUUAUCAUCAUAACAAUGCAUUGAUUCAAUAUAGUGAUUACUUUGUGUCUUGCUGCUUACAUUUCAUCAACAUAAAGUCAAAGAAACCAAUAAAUAAAAACAACCUAUCAAACCAAACAUAUAAUCACAGCAAUCAGCUCACUUAUGAGAAAUUAAACAUGACCAGUCUGACAUGCAUUUUACACCUUUAG